AUGUCAAACAAGUCGCCAAUAGAAGAGUACGCUGAACGCGCCAGGCGUUUUGCGCUUCAGAACCGACGUCGCGUUCCCUUUGGCGGCGGCGGCGGUGGAGGUGGCAGUCUAGGUGCCGCUGCACUCAUCACUCUCGGUAUUGGCGGUGCCAUUCUGUUGCAAAACUCUCUUUUCAACGUCGAUGGUGGUCACAGAGCAAUCAAGUACACCCGUGUUGGUGGUGUAAGCAAGGAGAUUUACAGUGAAGGUACUCACUUGAUGCUUCCCUGGUUCGAGACCCCCAUCACAUACGAUGUUCGAGCAAAGCCGAGAAAUGUGUCCUCCUUGACGGGCACCAAGGAUCUGCAAAUGGUCAACAUUACAUGCCGUGUGCUCUCGAGGCCAGAGGUUACUGCCUUGCCGCAAAUCUACAGAACGCUAGGACAGGACUAUGACGAGCGAGUCCUCCCCUCUAUUGUCAAUGAGGUCUUGAAGAGCGUCGUGGCUCAGUUCAACGCCAGUCAGUUGAUUACACAGCGUGAAAUGGUGGCCAAACUAGUCCGGGAAAACUUGUCGAAAAGAGCUGCGAGAUUCAACAUUCUCCUGGAUGAUGUCUCGCUGACUCACCUUGCCUUUUCUCCCGAGUUCACAGCUGCCGUCGAGGCCAAGCAGGUUGCCCAGCAGGAGGCUCAGAGAGCCGCAUUCGUUGUUGACAAGGCGCGCCAGGAGAAGCAGGCCAUGGUGGUCAAGGCACAGGGUGAGGCUCGAUCCGCCGAGCUCAUUGGUGAAGCCAUCAAGAAGAGCAAGGCAUAUGUCGAGCUCAAGAAGAUUGAAAACGCCCGCAUCAUUGCACAACAGCUCCAAGAAGCUGGCGGCAGGAACAGACUCAUGCUUGACUCGGAAGGUCUGGGCUUGAACGUCUUUGGCGAUGACAAGAAGCAAUAG